AUGGAGGCAAUACAUGCGCGUGCCGAGGAUGCCUCGUUCAGCAACAUCGACUCGCUACUGUUUGCGCGCCGGCCACGGAAACGCAGGCCGCCGGCAGCAACAGAGGUGAAGGCGCGGCUGGAGAAGACACUGCUGCAACCACCGCAAGCGCUUCCGCUCAAGAUUGUCGAGCGUGUUCAACAGCGCUGGGAUAUUCAGGUGGACAAGACGCUUCUGUUUGAGAUUGACCCGCCAGACAUUGGCACGCAGACCAUCUUCUAUCGCGGAGGACGGAACUUCCAGAUUGUCGACUAUGAGGAAAUAGCAGCACCUCGAGAAGUUGGCGGUGCAGACGCACAGAUGGGCCUCGGAGGUGGUGACGGCAGCAGCAUUGUGGCGUCUCUGCCCCUUUCCGGGGUAGGUAAUGUGGCAGAGUCAGCAGCCGAUGCAGAGGAGCAGUGGCUUCAGCAGACGGUUUUUGCGAGCGACGCAGCAGCAAAGGCCAAGGAGCGAGCGGCGGCAGCCAGCGCAGCCAAUCUGCAGCGAGUGGUUCAGCCGGCGACCGGAGGACUGUUGGCGGCGGCGCCAGGGUUCGAGCGGGGGAUCCAGUUUCAAAAGAAGAAGCGAGCUGGCAAAGAGGGCAAGAAGAAGACAGGAUCACGGCUGUCAGGCGAGACGGGCGAGGAGGAGGACGCGGUGCAAGAAGAGGCCCGGAGAGUGCGAGAAGAUCUGGCCGCAGAUGAGGAGUCGGAAGCAGACAACGACGACGAGAAGGUGAAAGUCGGAGAUGGGAACCGAGAGGAGGAGGAGGAGCGUACGGGCGAAGACGACGACGACGCAGACGAAGACGAAGACGAGCACGGUGACAUGGCGGUGGACGAGCUGCUGCCAGUGGAAUUUCCGUCGCUGCAGCCAAGCGGAGCAGCUCUCGGGCCCAAGAAGGAGCGGCGCGAAUGGGCACACAUGGUGGACCUGUCGAAAGGGUCGGUCAAUUUUGCCAGCCUGGCCGGAGGUGCAGACAUGGCGCGAACGUGGCCGUUUGAGCUGGACGCUUUCCAGAAGGAGGCAAUCUACCACCUGGAGUGCGGAGACUCGGUGUUCGUGGCGGCACACACGUCGGCAGGCAAGACGGUAGUGGCCGAGUACGCGAUCGCGCUGGCGCAGAAGCAUCAGACAAAGGCAAUCUACACGUCACCGAUCAAGGCGCUGAGCAAUCAGAAGUUCCGGGACUUCAAGCACGAGUUUGAGGACGUGGGGAUCCUGACGGGCGACGUGCAAAUCAACCCGGAGGCCAAGUGCCUGAUCAUGACGACAGAGAUCCUGCGUAGCAAGCUGUACGGCCAGGCAGACUUGCUGCGCGAGGUAGAAUUUGUGAUUUUCGACGAGGUGCACUACGUCAGCGACACGGAGCGCGGCGUGGUGUGGGAAGAGGUGAUCAUCAUGCUGCCGGAGCAUGUGUCGCUGAUCCUGUUGUCGGCGACGGUGCCCAACACGUAUGAGUUUGCAUCGUGGGUGGGCCGGACGAAGCGGCGGGAUGUGUACGUGAUUUCGACGCCGAAACGGCCGGUGCCGCUGGAGCACUUCCUGUGGAGCGGCAAGGGGGUGCAGAAGAUUGUAAGCGCAGACCGCAAGUGGCAGGAGACGGGAUACCGGGAGGCGGUGGUGGCGAGCAGUCCGAAGACGGUGGCGGCUAGCACAGGUGGUGGCAGAGGAGGAGUAGCCGUCCGGGGAGGUCCUGGAGGUCGAGGAGGGCCAGGUGGCCGGGGAGGACCGGGUGGCCGAGGAGGAGGAGCCGGUGGCCGAGGAGGCACAGGCCGUGGUGGCGGUGGCCGAGUUGGACCGCCCCGAGCUUCGCAUAUGCCCGGACACAUGGGCCGGACUAGCGGAACAGCAUCGCUGGCACAGGACAAGACGCUCUGGGCGGACGUGGUGCGGUACCUGCGCAAGGCAACGCUGCUGCCGGCGUGCAUCUUUGUGUUCUCGCGGGCGCGAUGCGAGGAGUUUGCACAGUCGCUGGGGACGCUGGACUUUUGCGACGCGGGCGAGAAGACACGGAUCCACGCACUCUACUCACGCAGCAUUGCGCGGCUGGCACGCGAGGAUCAGGAGCUGCCGCAGAUUGCACGGCUACGCGACCUGGCAACACGCGGCAUCGCGGUACAUCACGGCGGGCUGCUGCCGAUCGCCAAGGAGAUCGUGGAGCUGCUGUUUGCGCAGUCGCUGGUCAAGGUGCUCUUUGCGACGGAAACGUUUGCUGUGGGACUCAACCUGCCGACACGAACGGUUGUCUUUUCGGACCACCGGAAAUUUGACGGGACGCGGCGGCGGGUGCUGUCGCCGGGUGAAUACACGCAGAUGGCCGGUCGGGCUGGCCGUCGCGGGCUCGACAGCGUGGGCACGGCGAUCCUGGUGCCGGCCGGCGAAGCACGCGAGAUUCCGCCGGCCGAGACGCUGCGCAGCCUGAUCCUGGGGCAGCCCACACGGCUGACGUCACAGUUCCGGCUAACAUACAACAUGAUCCUCAGUCUACACCGCGUCGAGACGCUGCGAGUCGAGGACAUGAUGAAGCGGUCCUUUUCCGAGAACGCAGUGCAGAGCCGGCGGCCAGAGCAUGAAGAGCAGGUGCGGACUCUCGAGGCCGAGCUGGCCGGGCUGAUACGGAAAAGGCCGGCAUGCGACGUUUGUGACGGCAGCAGCAGCGACGGCAGCACGGCCAAGCGACCGAUGACGACGUGUCACCAGGCGGCCCAGACGUUCCGGCAGGACUCAGCCCAGAUGUACGACAAGCUGGCCCGGCUGUCUCACGGCAAUCCCUCCGUCUUUGGCCGCGGCCGGUUGGUGGUCUUUUCGAAUGAGACCGGUGUGCGGGCUGUUGGCGUGCUCGCCGAAGAUCUGCGCAUCCCGACCGACGCUGCGGCGGCUGCCACGCCCUCUGUGCGCAUCGUCGAGCUGCGGCCUCCGCGAGCGACGCCCGACGGCAGCGACUCCCUCGCGUUUGUGCCAGCUCUGCGCUGCUUCCUACCGCCAGCACUUCCUACAGCAGCGCUUGUACGCAUGGCCACAGUGCCGCUGGCCCGGAUCGAGCAUGUGGCCAACAUGGUGCUACCGCUGGAUGACGAGCCCGAGACAGCAGUGGCACGCCAGCUGGCAAGCGGCAAGGUCGACCUGUCGUGGGACUCGGAUGUGUGGGACGACGUGAACCUGGACCGCGUCCGUGACGUGGAUAUUGUCUGGUACCUGGACGAUCGAAGAGCCAAGGCGCAGAUUGUGGCCGGCUCGGACGCGCUGGCAUGUUCCGAGUUUGUAGAGCAUUACGCUCUCCGUCACGAGGAAUGGACGGUACAGGACCACUUGGCAACGCUGCGCCGGUCGAUGGACGACUCGACGCUGGCGCUGCUGCCGGAAUACCAGAACCGACUGGCCGUGCUCAAGCACCUUGGCUUUGUCAACAGCAGCGCGGUAGUGCUGCUCAAGGGCCGGGUGGCAUGCGAGGUGCGCACGGCAGACUCGCUGGUGCUGACCGAGACGAUCCUCAACAACCUGCUGGCCGAGCUGGAGCCGGCGUCGAUCGCAGCGCUACUGUCAGUAUUUGUGUACCAGGGCAAGGACGACACGGACCUAGAGGCGGCGCCAGUGAUCAGCGCGGAGCUGACACGCGGAUUGACGGAGGUGUACCGGAUUCGCAAAGAGGUGGUGCGGACACAGGAGCAGUUCCACGUGUUGUCGGCGGGCGACGAGGUCGAGUCGGCAUCGCGGCUGCACUUUGGGCUGAUGGAAGUGGUGUACGAGUGGGCCAGCGGCAGCCCGUUCAAGACGAUUGCCGGCAUGACGACGGAGCAGGAGGGCACGAUUGUGCGAACGAUUACCCGGCUAGAGGAGACGUGUCGGGAAGUGCGCAACAUUGGGCGGAUCAUCGGCGACACGACGUUGGAGACAAAGAUGAACGGGGUCAAGGAAGCGAUCAUGCGGAAUAUUACGACAGUACCAAGUUUGUAUUUGUAG